AUGUUCAGCAUCAGCGUGAACGACGCGACGCUGUCCCUGGGGCGCGCGGCGCAGAAGCGGCAGGUGCUCAAGGGCGUCAACCUGCAGGUCCAGCGCGGCAGCCUGCACAUGCUGCUGGGCCCCAACGGCUGCGGCAAGUCGACGCUGCUGCGCGUGCUCGGCGGCCUGUUGCAGCUGGACGGCGGCGGCGUGGAGGCAGACGCGCCCUCGGGGUUUGUGUUCCAGAACCCAGAUCACCAGGUGGUGAUGCCCACGGUGGCUGCUGACGUGGCGUUUGGGCUCGGCAGGUACCGCCUGCGGGAGGCGCAGGUCGCAGCGGCGGUGGAGCGCGCGUUGACCCUGGUCAACAUGGCGGAGUUCACGCACCGCGCGACGCACACGCUGUCGGGCGGCCAGCGGCAGCGCCCCACGCGUCGCCGCUUCCUGCGCGCCCUGGCCGAGGAGCCGCGCGUGCUGCUGCUGGACGAGCUGACCACCUUUCUGGACGUGGAGGACCAGUUUGGGGUGCUGCGCGCGGUCAGGGACGUCACCCGGACGGGCGCGCGCGGCCGCGGGGUGACGGCGGUGUGGGUGACCCACAGGUUUGAGGAGCUGGAGUAUGCUGACGCGGCCUCCUACAUGGAGGACGGCCGCAUCGUGUUCACGGGGUCACCAGACCAGCUGCGCCAGCGGCUCAGGGGCAUGGGCGCAACCCUGUAA